GAAGGAAUACUUUCCUUGAGUAUGUCCAUAGUAUACAAACCAAGCCUUACAUGCAAAGCAUCUCCCACCUUGCUUCUCCUCCUUCCCCAACUCAAACCCUAUUACCAACCUAAUACAAAUCUUCACUUUCUCCUUCAAAUAAACUCCCAACCCAUCCACGCAUACAAAACCAUUCUUCUGCAACCUCAAUUUCCACACAAGCUGUGCCCUGAUCUCAAAUUUUAAUGGAGAAUUUGCUCAAGCAAAUCAGGGCGAGAUUUCCUGGUGCAGGGGAAGGAAACAAAGAAGCAGGCAGCAGUAGAGAGCGAAAAAUUCCACUCCAAAGAACUCAGACUUUCAAAGGAGAAAGGAAGGGCCUGAGCUGGCUCAGUAGACAAUUCGCUAGCAGAAUGAGCCGGGGUCAUGAUUUUGAGAAUGAUUCUGAGUAUGCAACUGCAGUGGCUGCAGCUGCAUAUGCCGUUCACUCGCUGGAAGAAACCAGAAUCCCAGAUCAGAAAAAGAAGAGUGAAGGCCCUGAACCUUCUCUAACCAGGGCCAUAAGCAAAAAGGAAGGAACUACCUCUGCAGUUCUAGAUCCUGGUAGAUCAUCCAGGCGACUUUCAGGUGAAGCUUCACUCAGAAUUUCAGAUGGUAAAGAGAGGAGGGCACCAAUAAAAACAGCAGAGAAGACUCCUCCUCCUCCUCCUCCCCCUCCCCCUCCUCCCCCCCCAUCAGUACAAAAAACUCCAACAGUAAAGCCUGCUGUUGCUCCUGCUACCUCCAUGAAAAAGGCUCCAACAGAGGAGCCUUCUGCUGCUGGCGCUUCAUUCAGUAAAAAACCGCUGGACAAGGCAGCCAGCAGAAAACAAGACAUUGCAGCGCCAAAAUCUCCCCCGCCGCCACCGCCACCACCACCCCCACCACCCACCAAAGAGCCUGCAACCCGAAAAGCUCAAGCCACAAGGGGGAGACCGAUUGGAGAAAUAGAGAUAGAUGCUUGGGAGAAGGCUGAGAUGGCUAAGAUCAAGGAAAAGUCUGACAAUCUGAAUGGCGAGAUUGUCUCCUGGGCUGAUAAGAAGAAGAAGAAGGCCAAGCUCAAACUGGAUAAAAUAGAGGGGGCAUUGGAUCAGAAAAGAGCGAAAGCCCUGCGGCAUGACCGGACUGACAAAAACAUAUCUAAACUGCAGGCGGCAUUGGAUGAGAAAAGAGCGAAAGCCCUGCGGCGUUACCGAACUGACAUACAAAACAUUGAUUAUGUAGCAGGAGGGGCUAAAGCGCAGGCAGAGGAAAAGCGAAGAAAUGAAGAGCUGAAAGUGAAAGAGAAGUCGAAGAUCAUCAGAGAGACGGGGCAAUUCCCCCCGACAUGCCUCUGUUUCUGAAUGUCACUGAGACUUAGGCCUCGUCACCUGAUGAUUUCUGGAAUAAACAGCAGAUUGUAAAAAGUAUAGGACCAAUGUAAUAUUCAUCCCACAACAGGAUACAUAGAUAAAAGAACUAAGCCAAGAUGGAAACAUCUUGGCAUGAUUAACAAAUGAUCCAACUGAUUAUUCAGUGGUA